CAACAAACGCAACCUCGACUGAGAAAAAGAGAACGAAGGAUUCACGGAGAGAGAGAACCAAAGCAUAGCAAUGGCGGCUUCUGUAUCUGCCUGGGCUAAACCGGGAGCAUGGGCGCUUGAUUCUGAAGAGCAAGAAGCCGAGCUCCUUCAAAAGAAAGACAAGGAUGACACUUCCCAAUUUCCUUCUCUUGCUGUCGCCGCUGCCACCAAGCCAAAGAAGAAGAAGGCCCAGGCGAUCCCCUUGGCCGAUUUCACUACUUACGGGGGCCCUAAACCCUCCCAUUCUGAUUCCUUGACGCAUGAAGAUCUCAUGAUGCUGCCAACCGGUCCUCGCCAGCGAACUGCCGAGGAACUUGAGCGUGACCGGGGUCGACUUGGUGGUGGUUUUAGGUCUUAUGGUUCCUAUGACCGCCCCAAUAGGAAUUCUGGCGGGGACGAGUCUUCCAAUUCUCGAUGGGGUUCAUCUAGGGUUUCUGAUGAGCCCAGGAGGAAUGGUUCCUUCGGCCGGGAUUCAAAUCGUGAAAUGACGCCUUCGCGAGCUGACGAAAUAGAUAAUUGGGCUGCUGCGAAGAAAUCGACCGUUGGGAAUGGUUUUGAGAGGAGGGACAGGGAUAGAGGAGGCUUUUCUGAUUCACAAUCGAGAGCUGAUGAAUCGGACAGUUGGGUAUCUAAUAAGAAUUACGUGCCAUCGGAGGGGCGUAGAUUUGGUUCGAAUGGUGGUGGGUUUGAGAGAGAGAGGAAGGUUGGAUUCGGUUCGAAUGGUGGUGGGUUUGAGAGAGAGAGGAAGGUUGGAUUUGGUUCGAGCGGUGGUGCAGAUUCGGAUAAUUGGAACAGGAAGAAAGGGGAAUUUAACGUUGGAGGUGGCAUUGACAGAAUUGAGACACCGAGUGGAAGACCGAGACUUAAUCUACAGCCUCGAUCACUGCCUCUGAGUAGUGAAAGCCAAGAAGGUUCUGGGAAUGUAGCAAAGCCCAAGGGUCCAAACCCAUUCGGAGACGCAAGGCCAAGGGAGGAGGUUUUGGCCGAGAAAGGGCAGGAUUGGAAGAAGAUCGACGAGCAGCUGGACGCAAUGAAGAUUAAGGAGACGGUCGAUAAGAAGGAAGGACUUGGUAGGAGGGGCUUUGGGUCUGGCAAUGCACAUGCCAAUUUGCCAGAAGAAAGAGCUGAAAGGAGUUGGAGGAAGGCAGUAUCUGAUGACAGUCGUCCCACAAGCGCUGGGAAGUCCGAGGAUGGACAUGUUGAAGAGAACUGAAGGGUUGUGAAUUAAUUUUGUCCCUGCGAAAUAGACUUGAAGAAAUUUGGAAAUUGAAGACCGAGCUUCUUUUUUUUUUCCCCCGUGUUAUUUAAUUUGUCAUAACUUUUCGAAACGCUUCUAUUCUGAAUUUCUGAGACACUAUACUGAAACGGUUAUAGACAAUUUUGGUAGGUCUACUUGUAGCCUAGAUACUCUUAGCUGUUAUAUCUUUGUUUAUAGCCGAUUGUGGCGGUAAUUUUCGCCGUUUGAAAAUCUGUAUUAAACAUCGAUUGGGUUGUGAACUUACGAUUUUGGUAUUUAUUUUCAACUCAAUAAUAUGUGUAUGUGCAUAGGACA